UUUUCGGUUUUUGUUGCAGAGGAAAUAGCGGAGUCGUUUAAUUGCAUCGGACAAGAAGAAAACUUAUAGAUUAAGAGUUUUUAAAUUUAUUAUUAUUAAUUCGUUGUUUUUUUUUACAUUUUCUGAAUCCAAUCGGUAAAUCAACUGUUUUCGCAAAUUUGCGAUUGUAUUCCGCUUGGACGCCGUGCGCUGUCGUUUUGCUUCGUUUUCGACAGUUGGUCAAUCGGCUAAGGGAAUCGUUUUUUAAUAAAAAUUUAUUUUGUGUAUGCGUCGUGUCGUGGUUACGAAUAAGACUAAAAAUUUCAGUUUUAAUGUAAAAGACAGAAAUGUCAUCAAAUAAGAGUAUUCAACUUUUAAGACCAGGAAGUGUGUUCAAGUGGGCAAAGUCAACAAUAUAACAAAUGGGGAAAAUAUUAAUCUAAGGCUGCUAAAACUAAAAUUUUUUCUCGGGCAUAUAUGCUAGAAAUUGCAAGUUCUCUUUUUUUUAUUAUUAUUAUUUAACUCGUUCCUAUUUGUGAAUGGUAAGGCAGUUCACACGUUAAAAAUAGUGGAUGUAAUAUAAACAGUUCAUAUAUACUUACACAUAUCUACACCUUGGUAUGUAUGUAUAUAUUAAGGUGUAAGCGCAAAGAAUAAAGACUGCGAAAUAAAUACAAGAACAACAAUCGUGAGAUUUUCUACAACCUACUAGUUUUGCAUCCCGUUGUAAUACAAGUACGUAUAGUGUGGAGAAGCAAAAAAUGAUACAAUUAAAUUCUGACAACCGCUUAAAUCAAAUUAAGUGCGAUUCUUCGAAUGAUAUAAUGCAACCUGGACAAAGCAACAGUAAUAACGGUGGGACCAGUAAUAACAAUAACAGUAGCACUAAUAAUACUAAGACAAAUAACAGUAGCAGCUGUAACUCUGGCACAAGUGGUCCGAAUUCGAAUAAUAAUAAUGGUGGCAUUAGCACGGGCAGUGUUGGAUUAGUUGGUGGUGGUACUUCUGCAGCAGCUGCUAAAAAUCAAUUAGAACAAUUGAACACAAUGCGAGAGGCGCUUUUUUCUCAGGAUGGUUGGGGUUGCCAGCACGUUAAUCAGGACACGAAUUGGGAAGUGCCUAGUUCACCUGAGCCAACAAACAAAGAUCCAUCUGGUGGACCAACGAUGUGGAAACCUACUAUAAAUAAUGGAACUGACCUAUGGGAAUUAAAUUUACGCAACGGUGGUCAGCCACCAACUCAACCAGUUCAAAAGACACCAUGGGGUCAUACACCAUCGUCGAAUUUAGGUGGAACAUGGGGAGAAGACGAUGACGGUGCGGACAGUAGCAGCGUUUGGACUGGUUCAUCAAAUAAUCCAUCAACUGCAGGUGUUGUGGGUGUAACUGGAGUUAGUUCGACGGGUGUAGGUGCCAAUGGUCCUGGAAAUGGGCCGCAAUGGGGUCAAAGCUCUGUAGGUGUCGGCGUCGGUGCAGCUGCUAAUGCUACAGGAACGCCAUCUGUAAACGUAGGCAGUGUGUCUGUCGUAGGUGGUCCUGCCGGUGGCCCUGGCGUAAAUGUGCCUGGUAGUGUAAAUGCGGCGGCAGCCAAUAAUUCUGCUGGUAAUAAUUGGAGUGAUUCACGUGAAAUGAGUAGUGGGGCUGUGAGCGGUGCAAUAGCUAUGCGUGGAGUUGACCCACGUGAUCAAAUGCGAGGUACAGCUGCUGAGCCUCGGGAGUUACGCAUGUUAGAUCCUCGUGACCCCAUACGUGGUGAUCCUCGAGGAAUUUCGGGGCGUUUAAAUGGCACGUCGGAAAUGUGGGGACAACACCAUUCUAUAGCACAUAAUCAAAUACCCGCACUAAAUAAAAUAGUGGGACCCGGGGUUAGCGUAGGCUCCGGUGUGUCUACUGGUGCUGUAGUUACCGGAGGAGGGGUAGCUGGUUUAGGAGCAGGUGGGGUCAAUGCCAUAAAUGCGGGCGGUGUAAGUGGUAGUGUUAAUGCCCAUUGGGGCGCAUCUUCAGCGAUUGUUGGACCAAAAGAUAUUUCUUCAAUGACAGGUAAAGUCACUGGGUGGGAGGAGCCAUCGCCUCCACCGCAGCGACGUAAUAUACCUAACUAUGACGACGGAACAUCUUUAUGGGGACAGCAGUCUCGAGUACCUAGUGGUUCUCAUUGGAAAGAUAUUUCUGAUCCAAUGAAUAGACAUUUAACGCGAAAUACAGUAGGUAACCAGAAUACGCCAAAUACGGUAGCUGGCCUUGGUAGCGGAUCCGGAAAUGGAUUGGGAAACAACCAAGGGGUACUAAAUGCACCAGUCGUUGGUGGUAAUACGAACAAUUCCAUAAGCAGUGUUGGUCCUCCAGGACGGCUUGGUUCUGGUGUAGGACCUGGUAUUGCUGUCAAUCAGCAUAAACCGGAUAAUAACAUGUGGGUACAUGCAAGCAAUCCAAAUGUGAAUGUCCGUAAUGCGGCAUCAUGGGGUGAUGAAGCAAACCACAAUAUGGGCCCAAACUCUGGUGUUAAUUGGAUGGAUGAUAAAACGAGUGCAGGUAUAGGACAAUUGGGUGUCAGCGUUGGUGGCACUAACUCUUGGAAUGAUCCAUCUGCAUCUUGGAACAAAAAUCAAAAUAAAAUGGCAGGUGGUGCGACGGGAUGGGGUACGGGUGGAGGUAAUGAUGGUGCCGAUCUGUCAUCGGACUGGAGUGCUCACGGCGGCAUUGUAGGAAAAACUCAACAAAAAAUAGGAGGCGUUAAUGUUAACAUUACUAACUUGAAUACAGAUGUGAUCAAACAGAGUAAACAAUAUCGUGUACUUGUGGAAAAUGGCUUUAAAAAGGAGGAUGUGGAACGAGCUCUAAUUAGCGCCAAUAUGAACAUUGAAGAAGCCGCGGAUUUACUCCGGGCUAAUGCCACAAUGUCAAUGGAUUGGAGAAGACACGAAGACCCCCUUGGCUCAUAUGCUGAUCAUCCUAAUCCUGGUGGUAGCUUCCCAGGACGCUACCCACCAACGGCCACUCAGCCCACUAUGCCAUUCCCUCCGAAUAUCUUAAACAAUAUGAGCGGUAACACUGUUAGUGCCAGCGGCAAUAAUUCAAAUCUAGCAGCGCUCAAUUCGAUACAGCCACUUCCAGUGCAAAAGUAUCUAAAUUCAGCUCCACACAAUGUUGCAAGUGGACCGCAGACCAUGAAUCCUGCUGUGGCUUUCGGACAGGGAGUUGCUAAUGUUACUGCGGCUGUGAAUGCAGCUUCAAAUAGUACCAGCCAGCCAUCCACUCAACAGUUACGCGUUCUUGUACAGCAAAUCCAGUUAGCUGUUCAUAGUGGUUACCUAUCCAGCCAAAUUUUAUCAGAGCCUUUGCCAUCCUCAAUGCUUGUACUUUUAUAUCAAUUAUUAACAAAUAUUAAACACCUUCAAGCGGCACAGCAGUCCUUGACACGUGGUGGCAACAAUGCAAAUAAUUCACAAAUAAGUUAUGCUAUUGCCAAAUAUAAACAGCAAAUCCAAAAUUUACAAAAUCAAAUAAACGCACAACAGGCGUUCAUACUGAAACAGAAGCAGCAGUCCAUGCCGCAAAACGCGCAGCAUUCUGCAGCACAUGUCAACAGUUCGAACCUAGAAUAUAUUAGAGGGCAGCAUGAUGCCAUAAAUGCUUUACAGAGCAACUUUUCAGAAAUGAACUUGGCUAAGCAUAGUGGCUAUCCAACUGGUCCAAAUUCGCAGUCAAAACUUAUAAACCAGUGGAAACUUCCGGAAAAGGAUAUAACGUCUGAAAGUACAGAUUUUUCUCGGGCACCGGGAGCAUCCAAACAAAACUUAAACGCUUCUGGGAAUACUAUGGGCCCCCUAGGUCUACAAAAUGAUGGCACUUGGUCGACUGGGCGAAGUAUUGGCGACGGUUGGCCAGACUCAUCUACAGAAACUGAGAAUAAAGACUGGUCCGUUGCACAACCUACGCCUGCUGCGACGUACACUGAUUUAGUUCAGGAGUUUGAACCAGGAAAACCGUGGAAGGGCUCGCAGAUUAAGAGUAUAGAAGACGAUCCUAGUAUAACUCCUGGCAGUGUAGCUAGAUCUCCAUUGUCUAUUAAUUCGACGCCAAAAGAAGCUGAUAUUUUUGCGAACCCUAGCAAAAGUUCACCGACUGAUUUAACACCAUUAAGCUUAUCCUCAUCGACAUGGAGCUUUAAUCCAUCAUCAAGCAAUCAAAACUUUCAAAGUUGGUCCGAUAGUCCGCAACAAUGCACCCCCUCGGAAUUAUGGGCCAGUUCAAUGAACAAGACAUCGCGGGGUCCACCACCCGGUUUGGGUUCAGGCAACGGAGCAGGCGUAUCAGGAACUGGCGUACAAUCCGUUACAAAUUCCUCCUCCGUAGUUGCUGGCAGUUCAAAUGGAUGGAUCGUUACUGGUGGCCGUGGAGUUCCCAAUAACAAUUCUGGUUGGACUACGUCGAAUUCAGGGUGGAAUUCUACAUGGUUACUACUCAAAAAUUUAACCGCACAGAUUGAUGGUUCAACAUUACGUACCUUAUGUAUGCAGCAUGGCCCACUUGCUAAUUUUCACUUAUAUUUAAAUCAAGGAAUUGCCUUAUGUAAAUAUGCAACACGUGAGGAAGCAAACAAAGCCCAAAUGACAUUGAAUAACUGUGUUCUCGGUAGCACUACAAUUUGUGCAGAGUCACCGAGUGAAAAUGAAGUUCAAAGUAUUUUACAGCAUUUGCCUCAGACGUCUAACAGUGUUUCCGGGUCUGGUUUAACGGGAAAUGGCGGUAAUUCGAGCAACCCUGCGUCGAAUAGUGGUGGGAGUGUUGCAGGAGGAAAUGGUUCUCUAUCUUCUAACAGUGGUAAUAAUAAUGGAGGCCCCUGCAAUAAUGUUGGUGGUGUGAGUGGUGGCAAUGGUAACUGCAGCAUGGCUAACCAUUCGGUGGUGAGCGGCUCGGGCGGUAAUGGAUGCGGAAGUAAUGCGAUGAAUAAUGGUAGCACUGGAGGCAAUGGCAACAGUGGAAACAAUCAAAGUCAACCUAGUUCUGGUGCUUGCAGUUCGAACGGUGGUAAAAGUGGAAAUAGUAAUAUUCCUAGCGGAAAUAGCAGUUCAAAUGCAACAUCAAAUAGUGUUGUCGGAAAUAAUAGCGUUGUGGCUGCCCCUGCAUGGCGUCAAACACAAAGUCAGCCAAGACCAUCUGGUAGGGAUGAAUAUGAUUAUAUUUCGAAAUUUGUUUGUUCUAUUGUGGAUGACUAAAAUAACACUUUGAUGAAUAAGGCGUUCAAAAUUUGUAUUUCAUAUAAUCUUGACUAAUCUUAACUACUCGACAAAAAAUCAAGUUACAACAGAAUUACAAGGUAUACAGAUUGACUGAUAGACGAAUGGACUUAGAAUUUUAUAUGUAAUUUUUUCUUGUGGUUCAUAGGAUUGUAUUUUCAAUCAAAUUAAACGAAAAUUACUUGAAAUAUAAAAUUAGUAAUGGCUAAAUGCCACACUUAUGCUACAAAACAUUUAUUUUAAAAAUUAAUACGAAUUAUGUGAAGUGUAGAAAUAAUUUAUCACUUAAUUUGCCGAAAUGGUUCAUUGAAGACAGCAUAUUUGUUAUUGAGCCUAUAAAAUCAAGACAAAUGCAAAAUAAAAAAUAAUGAAAAGCAAAGAA